AUGGAGCUACCUAAGAAGUCGGCCCAGGACCACGAAGCCCAGCCCGCCAAACAGAUUUUUAUCUUAUCGGGCCAGAGCAACAUGGCGGGCCGCGGCGGCGUCGACAAGCACAAGCACUGGGACGGCGUCGUUCCACCAGAAUGCUCCGCCGACGCCCACAAAAUCUCCCGGCUCAACGCGCACCUCCAGUGGGAGGCGGCGCACGAGCCUCUCCACCGCGACAUCGACUCCAAGAAGACGUGCGGCGUGGGGCCGGGGAUGUCGUUCGCCAACGCGGUGAAGGAGCGCGUGGGGGCGGUCGGCCUCGUGCCGUGCGCCGUUGGCGGGACCGCGAUCCGGGAGUGGGCGCGCGGCGCCCACCUGUACGAGAACAUGGUGAAGCGCGCCAAGGCGGCGGCCGCCGGCGGAGAAAUCAAGGGGCUGCUGUGGUACCAGGGGGAGAGCGACACGGCGUCGCAGCAGGAUGUGGAUUCGUACAAGGACAAUCUCGAAGCCCUAAUUCACAAUGUGCGCGCGGAUCUGGAUUUGCCAUCGCUACCCUUCAUUCAGGUUGCAAUUGCGUCUGGAGACGAAAAGUUUCUUGAGAAGAUAAGGGAAAUACAAAAGGGAAUUGAUCUGCCAGAUGUUGUGUGCGUGGACGCAAAGGGGCUGGCGCUGAAAGAAGAUAAUCUUCAUCUCACAACCGAGGCUCAGGUCGAGUUGGGCCGUAAGCUGGCGGACGCUUAUCUCACUCAUUUUCGGGGCUAA